AUGGAUGGUGCCAAGACCUUCUUGGAGGGAACAGCAGAACGCGCAGAUCUGAAUCAGUACUGGUUCUCCCAGCCUACCUUGUCCACGUUUGUGGAAGAAAUCUGUGAUGCUAACGGGCCGGCAGCUCUGGUCUCAUCGCCGAGUGUGUAUUUCAGCCUGCCAGAGGAGCAUCGAAGAAAAUGCAAAGUCUUAGACUUCGAUCGGCAGUGGGAGUCAGAUCCAGGCUUUGUCUUCUAUGAUUUCCAUGAGCCUGAGAACUUGCCAGAGGCGCUGCGAGGUUCCUUCGCCUUCGUCCUGAUCGAUCCGCCCUUCAUCACACGUGAGGUAUGGGAGAAGUAUGCGGCCACUGCGCGCUUCCUGGCCUGCCAGGGUGCUCGCUUUCUCUGCACCACCAUUGCAGAAAAUGCACCCUUGAUGGAGGAGCUGCUGAACCUGCACCCAGUGCUGUUUCGGCCAGGAAUACCUAACUUGGUGUACCAGUAUAGCAUCUAUGUGAACUACGAUUCCAGCCGGCUGCACAAGCUAAAUCCUGAGAUCGAUGAGGACAACUGGCAAGAGGCUUUGCAAAAGACCAUGAGGUAG